AAAAAUCUUGAGGUUGAAAAAACUUGGAACGGAACAGUAAACCCAUCAGCUAGUAAUGAAGCUCCUCUGGACAAACGGCGUAGAUAUGCUUUCCUGGAGGGUAAUGUGACGGGAGUCUGCGCAGAGUUAUUGGGAUGCCUUACGAAAGAUCUCAGGUGA